AUGUUUUUAGCGCUUCACUAAUAUAGGGCAAACCUAUGUUAAAAUCUGACUAUUUUCCUAUCGGGAUUUUCCAUUAUUAUGCCGGCUACCACACGUUAAUCAUUUUUCUUGAGACGAUUGGACAUGGCGAUAUCGGGCCCAGGGGAGACCCUCCCUUCCUUGGACCAAACCCUACAUUUUUGGGAUCAUCACUGGCUGGACUUCCCUUAACUUUUCAAUUAAAUUCUUAAAUAUUAAACAUGCAUUAACAUAACACCUAACCGCCUUGGCACGAAUGUAUGUAUAAGUGUGACAAAGGACAGGGUUUCAGUUUCAGUUUCAGUUUGGAUGAGUGCGGUCGUAGUAUUCGCGUCAACAGUUGGCUGAGAGACUCACCUACGAAGACAACUCCUCGGAAGGUUGAAUUUGAUCGCAAAUCCAACUGAAACUACCAUGGAGAGCGGCAGCAGUCCCAAUCCGCAGCAUAUCCUGCAACUAAGUGAGGAGCAAAAAAAUAAAUUCAUCGAUUCCUUCGACCGAGUGGUCAGUGAUAUUGAUGGCGUAAUCUGGGACAUGUACAACACGGUCCCCGGAGCACCGGAGGCAUUUUUGGCACUUAAAGGAAUUGGGAAAGAAGCGAUUUUCGUCACCAAUAAUAGCGUUCGCACUGUUGAACAAGCCGUUCGUCAUUUCGAGAAGAUCGGGGUGCCAGUGCGUCCGGAACAGAUUACGCACCCGGCCCAGAGCACUGUGAACUACUUGCGCGGAAUUAACUUCCAAGGACUCAUCUAUAUCAUCGCCAGUCCUCCAUACAAGGCGGUACUACGGGAGGCCGGUUUUCAGCUCAUUGAUGGGCCUAAUGAGAUUAUCGAUGACACCUUCCAAAGCCUGGCCAAGAAGAUAUUCGACCAGCAGCCAGUGAACGCUGUCAUAAUUGAUGUGGAUUUCAACAUGAGCUCCACGAAGUUGCUGCGGGCCCAGCUAUACCUCCGGAAUCCGGAGUGCCUGUUUAUCGAAGGCGCAACCGACCGCUUACUGCCACUAGGCAAAGGAGUAAACAUUAUUGGACCCGGGGCCUUCACCAAUAUCCUGUUGGAGGCAAGCGGGAGAGAGCCUGUCACGUUGGGUAAACCGGGUCGCGAACUUGGGAAGCUGCUUGUUGAGAACUACAAGAUUGAUCAGCCGGGCCGGGUGCUCAUGGUCGGGGAUAUGAUGGCCCAAGACAUUGUGUUUGGACGGCAGAGCGGCUUUCAGACGCUGCUCGUCCUUUCCGGCGGCUGUACUCUUGACCAGCUCCAUUCGGAGACCGAUCCUAGCCGCAUUCCCGACUUCUAUGCUGAUUCCAUGGCGGAUGUGGCUACGCUCCUCGGUCAGUCACCAAAGUCAAACUUUUAAAAUUUCCGAAAAAAUCGGGGGAACUUUGACUUCAUAUGCGGGAAUUGGUCUUACCUCCACAUAUGUUAUUGUUAAAAAUAUAUUCCCGCCUUAAAUUACUAAUUAAGUUUCAACGGCAACGACAAGGAAAGAGGCCAAAAUGAGGGAUCAAUUGUCGGAAAUGUAUACGCAUACAAGGAAAAUAUGAUCCUAUAUUUUUGUUAUAGGUUUUAAAAAAUUUUUAAUUUUAAUUUUUAAGUUUUUUUUAGAAAAAUGGUCCAAAACUGGUAAAACUACAAAAAUUUACCUUAUAAACUAAAAAUUGAUCCCACCUAUUAAUAUACAAAUCACCAAUUAAUAUACACCAAAUUUAUAAUAUAU